AUGGCGGCCGUAGGUGGGGAGGAUGGCGGUGGUGGCGGUGCGGGCCUGGCUUUGGCCUUGGUGGAGGGCAGCGCCGGGCGGGCCGCCCGCGUCGGGGACCCGGGGGACUUGGUGGCGCUGGCCCGACAGGUGCAGCAGGCAGAUGAGUUUGUUCGAGCCAACGCCUGCAACAAGCUGACUGUCAUUGCUGAGCAGAUCCGGUGCUUGCAGGAGCAGGCUCGGAAGGUCUUGGAAGAUGCUAACAGGGAUGCUGAUCUGCACCACGUGGCCUGCAACUUAGUGAAGAAGCCAGGAAACAUUUACUACUUGUAUAGGAGGGAGAGUGGCCAAAAGUACUUCUCCAUCCUGUCUCCUAAGGAGUGGGGGACCAGCCCCCACGAGUUUCUCGGUGCCUAUAAGCUGCAGCACGACAUGUCCUGGACGCCUUUCGAGGACAUUGAGCGACGAGAUGCUGAAAUAAACAUCUUGGACAAACUGCUGAGCCGGCAGGCAGCGCUCCCCCCGUGCACAGAGCCCAACUUCCAGGGCCUCACCAAAUGAUGCAAAGUGUGUUGGCUGUACAGGACCUCUGAACAGAGCUGAUGCCUGAGGACAGGCAGUGCCUGAGCGUUGCCAAAGGCAGGGCAAGGAAAGAGACCAAGAAAUGAAAAUGCUGAUGCUGCCAGUACUUGCUCUUUGCUUUAGUAAGACUAAUUCUGAAUUCAGUCUUACUGGAUUUUCUAGUAAUCAAGUAACUUAUUUCUUUGACUUAUGCCAAGCUUUAACAAGAGGCAGAUGAUAUCAGAUGGAGUAAUUUCGAAAGGACUUGGGGCAAAAAGCAAAUAUGCUUGGGGCAGAUUGAUUGUGUUAUAAAAUAUGUCCUACCCA